AUGGCUGCUGUGUUUCCUGGCCACGAUGGCUUUUUGCUCUCAUGGCUGACAUCUUUGCUGCCUUGCUGGUCUUUGGUCUUCGUGGCCGGCAUUAAGAGAGGGCAACCCGUCAAAACAGAAUCCGACGCCGAGGAUAGCCCUUUGGCAGGUGUAAGUGCUGCAGACGUGAAAAAGAUGCAGAGCAACCUGGUGACACAGGGGAAGGCCAACGUGAAAAAGUUAAAGGAAUACAAGGCUGGCUCCCUGACUUUGUCCCAGCAAGAGGCCGAGGUCCUGGAGGGAAAGGUCAAAUUCUACUUGGAGUACAGUGGCCUCGCUAGGUCGCAGAAUCACGAAAAAAUGAUGAUGCUCGGCAGCUGGGCCGGGGACAGGGAACGUGGUCUGCACAAGGCCGGCGAAAAACGAUUUCAUUAUGGGAAGCGAAAGCACACCGAGACAGAGUUCACUCGGAAGGAGACAGACGCUAUCAUGGGUGGGUUCGAUGUGCAGGACAAGGACAAGGCGGCAAAGCUGAUGGACGAAGUCGGGGUGCUCAUGUCGGGCAAGAGCAAGCUUGAGAAGCUGGAGAUCGUCUUGAAGGAUUUGCUGGCCAGGGCUAAACACAAAAAAGAGGAUGUCCAGACGGAUUUGCAGACUGCUCUCACCGAGCUCGACACAUGGAUCAUCGAAAUGGAGCCGAAGACGGGCCUUGUCGAUACCAUCGAUGUUCUCGAGGGCGAAGUCGUCUCCAGAUCCUUCAACAUGAUUGAAAUCACUGUGGAUCAUCGUAUGCCAGUGGAAGUGCUCACGUCGAUCAUCUUGCUCGUGUUGGUACGCUUGAAGGAGAACUUUAUAGAUCUUGGUAUAGACCGAGUGUGUGAGGAGGCGAUUCCGUUUGCAAAGCAACUUCGCUUCGUCCAGGCAGAGCAAGAGGGUCCAAAUUUCGAACGAGACCUUGGAUUGAUCGAACAGUUGUUGGCAGAGGACAGCCGGCCGACGUUUAAGAGAGCGUUGCAGUCUUCGCCAUCUGUUAUCGAUCUGUGUGAAACGCAACCUGCCAAGUUCCAAAGAUCUUUAGUGCCCCAGACCGAAGCUGUGGAUCUUGAGAGUGAGUUGAGAGUUGACCCUGGCCAAGGCGUGCACUUGCCCCAAGGUGCACAGGCAGCCCAACGAUCCAAGCAGCUGUUUGCACUCUUGUGCAGCCUUGUGAAGGGCAGGGGCCUGCAGCUGAUCCAGCGAGUGCCUGCCCAGUCAGGCUUCGAGGCCCUGAGGCAGCUCAUCCAGCUGUUUCAGCCGACGUCGAGAACGCGAUCGCUUGGCAUUUUGAGUGCAAUCACCAGCAUGAACCACUUCAAGGGCAAUGAGCCAUUGUUGCCUCAAGUCUUAGAUAUGGAACGUAUCUUUGAGGAGUAUGAACGCAGUAGCGGCAAGAAAUUGGACGAUGAUUUCAAGACCAGUAUUUUUCUUCGUUCAAUCACCCAGAGCAUGCGCAACCAUCUCGCGACAAUUCUUACUGAAGAUGUCACGUAUGAUGCCUUGAGGGAAGCCGCCUUGCGUUUUGAAAGAAUGAAUGCCAAGUGGGAUGCUCGCAAUCUGUUUGCAGGAGACAGCCUCUUUGCCAACAGGAGGCAACCUGCAGGGCCUAACGAUGGGCCCGUGCCGAUGGAGGGAGAUGAUGCGAGCACCACUGCCCCCAGCACGGCUGGACCGUCAGCGUCGCAAGUCAGGCCAUCUCCUGACACCAGCACAACAAUGCGUUCUGUGAACAUGGUUCAGAUCGACAUGACGGGUGACUGGUGCGGUGGAAGCAUCAAUGCACUCACCGCGGACUCUUGUCCCGCUGCCGGGGAUGAUUUCCUCAAGGUUGUUAGGUCGCUAGCCCUGAUCCCGCGCGGGUACCCUAGCCUCCCCAACCUUGUGCCAGUGCAGGAGAGCAACGAUCUCGUUGCGAUUGCCGAGCCAGAAUGCACAGUGUUUGCUCAGGCGAUUGCCGAGCCAGAAUACACAGUGUUUGCCCAGCAGUGCGGUGUUGAGGUCUAUGAUAUGUCAGCAACAGACGGUGAUGAAGAUUGGACCGUUUGUGAUGGUGUGCUUCCUGCCACAGCCACUACGGAAGUGACAUCAGGCGUGUAUGCCAGGCGCGACAUGUCCGACUGCCUUCUUGAUUGCACUGUCCCUUUGACGCACUUAGGAGUCCAGUUCCGGACUACGCUAAGGCAAGAGGCGAGUGGCUGGGCUGUUUUCGAACUGAACACGCCGCUGAGCUCACUUGACCUGUCAGAAGCUUCCUUUGUGCCGAGCCGUAUCCACAAUAUCAUCACCAUCGGAUCAUGCAGCAAAAUCAACAUCGAUGAACUGUUUGGGAGAGUGCCGCCAGCCCGGCGAGACCAUGUAUCGGAAGAUGCAGAGUCCGAUGCAGGGUUACCAGACGUUCCGAUAGGUGGAGUUGGCAACAUAGCGGGACCCGAUGACGAAAUCCAGGAAGGAGAUGAGCUUCCGGGGCAAGAGGCGGAGGAAGUGAUGCAGCCGGCCAUGCGUGCACAUGUGGUUGUGGAAGGGGUUGAGCUUCAUGAGGGAUGCACCUUGUCCACAUUGCGAGCUGCUUGCACAGCAUUGGGCAUCGGCAAGAGUGGAGGCAAGGCGACCGUCUUGCAGCGCAUCCACAACUUCAUGGACCGCCAGAGAUUGCUCGAACGACACCAGGUCGAGGAUGCAAGAGUCCAAUUGCCCCGCGAACAAGCACCCGUUUCUGAGCCAACACCUGAGGAGGUGCGUCGCCACGCAUUGUCGCAUAUCCCUUUCAUGCCUUGGUGCGAGCACUGCAUCAAGUUCCAAGCCCGUGCUGACCGCCAUGUCCAAGCAAGACCAGAUGUUAGGGCGUGUAGCACAUGUUCGUUUGACUUUGCCUUCACUGAGCGUGAGACCGGUCGCCCCGGUGACAAGUUGAUCUGCUUAAUCCUCAAGGAUUCACACACAGGUGCCACCUGCGCGAUCCCUACACCAGCAAAGGGAGGAACCGUGGCGUUCAAGUUCAUGGUUGCUGAAGUGUGUAAAUUCUUGAAUUUUUGUGGACAUACGGAAAUCGCCUUGAGAUCAGACGGCGAACCGGCUUGUCUUGCUUUGCAGCAAGGGGUAAAAGAGUUGAGGUCGCGGAUGAAACUUGAUACGCAUCUUGAACAACUGGAGGCCGCUGACCACCAAGCAAACCCCAGCGAGCAAACCGUGGAUCAGCUCAGGCAGCUCACGGGAACGCUGCUAAGCCAAGUUGAAGCCGAGACUGGCCAAAAGGUCAGCACGAUGUCUCCACUCCAUGCGUGGGCGUGGAAGCACGCGUGUUGGCUGCAGAUGCGCUACGGGCGCAGUGGAUUUGCCAGUCCGUUUGAAGUGAUAACAGGGCGCCCGUACAAUGGCAAAGUUGUGGGGUUUGGAGAGGUUGUUUUCGCAAGGAUUAAGAGUUCUAUCAAGGGCAAAGCCAGAUGGAUAAAGAUGUUGUGGUUGGGAAAGUUGGGGGUAUCAGAUUUGCAUUUUGGAGUCACACCUGGAGGUUUCUUGAUUUCCAGCAGGAGCGUCAGACGGCUGCCAAAGCAGUACGAUGCAUCUUUGCUUGAGUCACUGCGUGACAUGCCAUGGAGUCAAGCAAGCUUCCUUGCAGGGCAAGUCGGCCAGGCCAGAAUGCAGAGAACCCCUGUUCGAGGAGAAGAAGAAGAGGUGCAACAGCCUCUGCCUGAGGUUGUGUUGCCUGAAAGACCACCACUUCCAUAUCCCGGUUAUGUCCUGCCUGACAAUGCACCGCUUGAAGAACUCAUUCCUCCACCAGCCAUUAUUGCAUCAGGCACACCGGAACCUCCUACGCCUGUUCAAACAUCGGCCGAGACACCGCUUCCCACGGCUGCCGAGCCUAGCACGCCCAUGCUUGUUGAUUCCGAUGCACCACCACCACAGCAGGAGGCCAGUGGAGCUCGCGCUUCUAGUGGUUUAGGGGGUGUUAGUGGUUCUAGUGAAGCGUUGGGUGCUCCUGGUCCGGCACCAGAGGCGAGGCCAUCAGGGGCAGGCGGGGAUGAGCAGCCAGCACCCAAAAGGGCACGAAUCCGGUUGCGCUUAGAUGCAGUUCAAGUGGACAAAGACGGCAACGAACUACACAAUGUCGAUGAACAGAUUGAACUCUUCGAUGAGGCUGCUGAAGGUUUCAUGGACUGUGAGGAGUCCGAGGCUUGGGACAACUACGACGAUGACGCUGGUGCGUCACCGAGUGCAGAAAUUCCCAGUGCCCCUUCCCCCUUUUUGAAGAAGGGGCAACGCAAAACUGUCUUUAAAGUUGAGGUCGAGGACGCCGACUUUUCUUCCUGCUCUGAACCUUUCAGUGUCGAGUCCGUUGUCCUCGAGCUGGAACGUGAGAUCGAGGGCGAGCGUGUGGCCCGCGAGGACCUGGCCCGCCGCGUGCAGAAUCUCGAGCGAACUGUCGCUGCCCUGCAGUCUCGCUGUGCUGAUCUUGAGCAGGACGUGGAAGUGGUUUCUACUCGACUGGCGUCCGUCAACGCCUUCUUGCACGGCUUCAUCAGUCGCUUGGGACAGCUCUUCCGCAUUGUCAUCAACCGCUUGCCCACUGCGUCCCUCAGCGAUGCUCUGGCUGAUCCGUCUGACUUUCAUUCGCGACUGGUGGCGGCCGAGACGCCGGCAGUUUUGGAUGCCACCUCCAUCAGUGUUUCAGAGUUCUCUUGGCACGCACACCUUCAAGAAGCCCGAGUCUUACCGCCCCUCUUGCCAUGGGAGAGGGGCCCCUUGACUUGGGUCUUUGGAGAGCCGGCUAAAAGAUCUCGCAUCAGCUUACCAAAGGACUUCGCUGCAUCCCCCCUGGAAAAGCAUGGGACAGAGAAGGCUCCCCUCGUGAUCCAUCAGCCAAUCCCAGAUUUUGCCAAAAGGAGGCUCCGUGUUGCAUCUCUACUGGUCACCCAGGACACUUCGAGAUGGGAGGCCCUUCGCAAACUUCAAGUGCUGGUGCUUCUGGACCCUUCGGCGACUCAAGUUGGGCAGGUGUUGGCGGCUGAGGCGUCUUUGCUAAGGGACAACAGUUUCUUACAGCGAGCCUUUUCCGAUGUCUUCGAGGGGAAAAGCACUUCUACACUGGUGAAAAGGGCUUCUUCCUUGUGGCGCUUCGCCAACUUCUGCAUCGACGGUGGCUUCGGGAACCCGCUUGAGGUCUCGGAGCAUGCUCUGUACCAGUACAUGUUCCACCUCGAAGAGCACGGAAAGCCAACCACGGGCUCCUCAUUUCUCCAGGCUUGGAACUUUGCGCUUCACACCCUCAAGUUGAACCGUCCCAGGUCGCUGGGGGCGCUGUCAGCAAGGGUUAAGGGUGCAGCCCAACGGAUGUACUCGAAGAAGCGCAAACUGGUGCAAGCCCGACCCUUGACUGUGAAGCAGGUCAAAGCCCUGGAAUACGUCGUCCUCAAGGCGCCCUACAUUCACUGGAAGAUCAUCGCUGGCCACCUUCUUCUGUGUGUAGGGUCCAGCAGCCGCUUUGGGGACUCAAUUUGCCUGGCAGUCCUCAAGGUUGAAACGGCGCAGGGCUUCACCUUGGUCGAGGCUGAGAGCUCAAAAUGGAAGACCGGAAAUGCUGCCUCCCGGCGUGCUCAGCUGCUUCCCCUCGCUUCUCUUGGGAAGUUUUUCGCAGAUGCUCCGUGGGCCGUCGAAUGGAUGGCUCUGAGAGAGAAGCUGGGUUUUGGUCUAGAUCCUGCACUUCCGGCUUAUUCCGAGGCGACUGGCGAGUGGCUGCAGCGGCCUAUGUCGACGGGCGAGGCGACCUUAUACUUGAGAGAGUUUUUGUCUGCUGCAUCUCAACCAUAUGAUGGUGUUGGCUCCCACUCCCUCAAGACGACAGUCCUGUCGUGGGCCGCCAAAUCAGCUGAAGUGCCCCUGAGUGACCGCCGCCUGUUAGGGCAUCACGUCGAUCCAGGCGUGGCGUCCCCUUUGACAUAUGCGCGGGAUGAACAAACCCGCCUCAUGAGGGUUGUACAUCGCCUCGUGGAGAGAAUCUGCAAGGGCCACUUCCGUCCAGACGACACGAAGGUCUGGCGCUUAGCCAAGCUCAUCUCCUCCGAUUGUGGGGGCGAUGCCCUGGCUGAGAACGUGGUGCAGGGCGACCCGGGCGUGCCGGAGUCCGAUGAGGAGGACGAUGACUUCGAUGAGAGGGACAUGGCCGCGAACACAGGGGUCAUUUCAACCCGUGAGCCCAUGAGCGCUGCAGAGCUUGAUGCCACAGCUGAUUGUCGUAUGCACGUAUUUUCCCGUGUGGUGCAUGUUUUGGACGGCAAUCGUUUUCUUUGUGGUAGGAGUUGCUCGCAGAACUAUUCGCCGAUUGAUGUCAGUGCGACCUUCACGGCCCGGGCCCUCGAGCUUGGCAUGGAGAAGGGCUUCUUAGACUUGUUGAUCAAGGCCAAUGUGAAGUCCCUGGGUGCGCUGGCUUUCGUCAGCCCGUACCAGAUCGGCCAAGCUGAUGAGAAGCCCCUGAUUGAUGCUGUCCGGGAUCUCAUCCGGCGGGAUGUCACUACGCGGGAGCUCAUCCCGCUUCGACGCUUGUGGUUCGAGGCUAGCACAACCGUCAUGGGUGAGCUCAAGCAAAAGGUUGAGCGUCAGGACUCGGCUGAGCCUAUUCGCCUGACCAUAGCCGAGAGGACCACGAGGCUGGAGGAGCAGAAGAAGCGUCUCGUGGGGGUUUGCAUCACGAGUGAGUCCGAACCGUCUCAUCGCCUCGUGGACCUUGUUUUCCAGCAGGGUGCUGAUCAGCAACUUUCUUGGAUCCCCUGGGAGCGUCUGACUAGCAGGGCUCAUGAGGUUACCCACUCUCGCAGUGACCUCGGGCUUCAAUUCGAUGCUGCUGGAAAUCUCCGCCUCACCAAGAAGAUGCAGGAGAGCUCCUGCACGCUUAGCGGGGAACUACAAAUCCGCCAGGCCCUUCAGAGGCGCGCUCUGGCGUACGACCUCGCUCGUUUGUGUGAUUUCUCGGCCAUGGAGUUGUACCACGAGGAGCUCUUCUUCUUGCUGACUCGAAGCCCCCCGCAGGGCUGUCUCUACGUCACCAUGGCCCAGGUCCGCGAGUCCGACAAACAGCUUUUCGUCCGGCUAGCUGAGAAGACUCGUGGUGCUUUGACUGCUCGCCCAGAUGGCUCUAAGCCUUUGCAGGUGCAGCUCGAGGCCCUAAAGAGCCACCCCCAGGUCCAGUUCUGCCUCAUCCCGGCUCCGAAAUCGGCCCGCUUCCAGCCCUACGAGCCGCCUGAGGGUCGCUCCGACCGUGCCGCUGGUGGCAAGAAGGGGCAGCCUCCCAAGGGCAAGGGGGCCCAGACCUCGGGUGGGGGUGGCAAAGGUCCCUCCACCCCCUUCGAGCUGCCGCCGGGCUGUUCUUCUCAACAUGUCUUCCACUCUUUGCCGGGUGAGGAGGCCCCUCGCAGCGGCUCCACCGAUCAGAGCCGUGUUUUCCAGGCGGGGGCGUAUGUGCAUGGUGCGUUAACUGGUCUGCGUCGCUCGUGCUCCUUGUAUCCAGAGGCAAUUAGAACAUUUUGCUCUUUUAUUUGUGAAAAGACUCCUCCGGAGUUCGUGUUUAGCAACAUUGCAAUUUUCCAGAACCUGCGUACUGAGCUGCAUCGGGAUAAGAAUAAUUUAAGGGCUACUUUGAACUUCGCGGUGGCCAUUUCGGCCUUCGAAGGGGGCCAAGUUUGGAUUCAGGCUGAUCCCGCAUCCUCGAAGUCGGGCAUUUUGCUCGAUGUGACGGCCCAGGGCGUCUACUUCAACGCCCGUGAGCGCCUUCAUUGCACAUGUCCAUGGACCGGCUCACGCGUGGUCGUCGUUGCCUUCAGCCUGCGUGGCUCCGAUUGCCUGCCCAAAGCAGAAGCCUUGACCCUUAGUUCUUUGGGGUUUAGGGUCCCUUCCCCUGGCGUUGACAACAGUCACUUGGAGUCCUCUGGCCGCCCCUGCUCCGAGCCGCCAACUGCGGUGCCGCCUCCCUUUCGGUUUAGGCCCCCUCCCCCGGGUAUAGUCCCCAUGUGCACCCCCGCUGAGACCUCUUGGUCCGCGGGCUCCUCAGCAGCCACACCCGCGCCCUCGAGCUCCUCCCCUCCGUGCACCCCCGCUGCGGCCUGCUUGCCCGCGGGCCCCGACCCACCCGGCGUUGCCGCCUUCCCUCCGGAGCCGCCUGGGGGCAACUUGGCAGCUCCGACGUUUGUUGAGCUGUUUGCUGGUUGCGCUCGUCUCAGCUCUACUUUCGCAGCCGCUGGUGUGCCCGCGUUGGCGGUGGACGGCCCCCGAAAUCAGCACAGGCCUUUGCAUCCUGUCUGGACGCUCGACCUCACCGUGCCCCUUUGUCAGCGCCUUUUGCGUGAGCGCCUUCUCUCUGGGCGCCUUUUGGGCAUUCACCUUGGCCUCCCGUGCGGAACUGGCAGCCGCGCUCGAGAGAUCAAGCUCCCAGCUCAUCUUUUGCGAUCCGGCGCACCGCAGCCUCGCCCCUUGCGCGAUGCUACAUACUUGCUGGGCCUUCCCGGCCUUUCCUCUGCCGAGCAAGCCAAAGUUGACGCGGCGAAUGAACUCUGCCGCUUCGUUGUUUCCCUGCUGCUGGACGCAUAUGCCAAAGGCUGGACCGUGACCAUAGAGAAUCCGGUGAACUCCUGGAUGUGGAGUGUUCUCGCCUUGUUUGUUCGGCAGACCGGGAAGCGUGCUUUUCAGAGCUGGUAUGCAAGCUUGUUCCAUGUUGACUUUGACCAGUGUAUGUGGGGUGGCCAUCGAAAAAAGGCUUCUCGCUUUCUCACCUCCGCAUCUGAACUGAGAGGGCUCGUGGCUCCCUGUGACGGUCGGCACACACAUGCACCCUUUCAGAUCUACCGCAAGGCGGGGGGCUGGCAGUUUGAGACCGCUCUGGAGGCCGAGUAUCCCGCUGAGCUGUGCUUGCAGUAUGUCUCUCUUCUUGGGGCCCGCAUGAGCCUGCCUGCACCAGCCCCCAGGCGGCCUCUACUCCGCCAGCCCCGCCGCCGUCCUCCGCUGGUGCCCGAGUACAAGUUUUUCACUCAUGUUCGCCCCCUUGAGGGUGAGUUUCGCGAGCUCUCUUCUGAGGGGGGAGGAGACGGGAGCCGCUCAACUUUUGCAGUCCUGCAUACCAAGCAGGAGUUUGUGGCCAAGGCCUGUCAGGUACCGCACCCCUUUGAUGCAUCUGACUCCAUAGACGACCAGGUCAAGAGGAACAUUUUUGAACUGUUCACUGGUGGCUUCAUGCCUUCGGCCAGGAAGAGGCUGUCUAUGCAGAAACGUCUGGCCGCCAUGAAAAAGGAGCUGGCGGUGGAGGAGCGGCGCUACCAGGCUUCACUUCCUCCACAUGCCCAGGCGGUCCUAAAGGGCAAGAACAUCCUUCUUUGGCGCAAGCUGCUCGUGGAGACAGGCUUCCCCGACCUGGACGCCCAGGAGCUCAUGGAGGGGGUCCCCUUGAUAGGAAGGCCAACGAAGUCGCCGCUCUACGACUGGAAAGAGAUCCCCGCAACGUGCACUAGGGAGGACCUCCUCGCUUCCUCAGUUUGGCGGAACAAGAUGCUUUCGGGAAAAGGGGCUGUGGGAGAUGAUGCUGAUCUCCUGCACAAGGUCUGGCUGGCCACUGAGAAGGAGGUGGAGAAAGGCUACCUCAUUGGCCCCUACGAGUCCCUCGAAGACGUCAAGGCAACCCUGGGCGCAGAAGAGGUUUGCUGCAGCAGGCGUUUUGGUGUUCGCCAGGGCUCCGGGGAUUCUGAGAAAUGCAGGCCCAUAGAUGACUACAAAGAGAGCGGGGUUAACACGGCCUACCAUGCUGUGGACCUACUUCAGUUGCAUGACGUCGACUACCUAGUCAACCUCUGCUGUUUCGUGGCGAACGCUGCUCAUGACGACGGCUUCACCAGGGUAGGGCUGUCGGAUGGCUCGACGCUCGUGGGGCGUACACAUGGUGAUCUUCUGGGGGGGGUCAAGUGGCUGGGGCGUUGCUUGGACCUGGAAAAGGCCUAUAAGCAGAUCCCGAUUAUGGCCAAAGACCUCGUCUUCGCAGUCUUGAUGGUUUGGGAACCUGGGUCGGGCUCGUGGAAAUACUUCAUCUCCAGGAGCCUCCCCUUCGGAUGCUGCGCGGCGGUUUACGGUUUCAAUAGGGUUUCUAGGUCGUUGCUGCACCUGGCCCUGCAUCUCGCCGGCAUGAUCGGCGGGGUCUAUUUUGACGACUUCCCUUUGCUUGAGCCGGCCCCCACUGCAAGGAUGGGCUCCCUCGCCAUCGAGUGCCUUCUGGACGCCCUGGGUUGGUCGUACGCAGUGGGUGAUGACAAGGGCCGCCCCUUUGAAGAGACCUUUGACCUGCUUGGCAAGCGACUCAGUGUUGGGGAGCUUCUCGCUGGUCAGGUGGCCUUGGCAAACAAGCCUAGCCGCGUUGAGAAGAUCCGAGCCCAGGCUUCAAGGAUGGCAUCCUCAGGCUGCGUCACUCGCAGGGAAGCAGCCUCCCUGCACGGCCAACUGAACUUCAUGGUGGGCUUCGCGGCUGGACGAGCCAUGAAGAUAGCCUGCAGGGCCCUGGCCAACAUCUGCUACAUGAACCGCUCUCCCUCCGUGGAAGAGGUGAAAUCGCUGGGGCGCUUCAUCCUGAAGACACUCUCUGAUGCACGUCCGAGGACCUUCUCACUCCGGGCGCAGGGGAGCCCGGUCUCCAUCUUCACUGACGCGUCCUACGAGAAAGGCGUCGCCCGCUGGGGGAUAGUUCUGCUGGACCAGAGCUCCAAUAGAAGAUGGGUGGCAGCGGGCGAGAUCCCGCCCAAGCUUGUGGACUUCUGGCUGGCAGAGGGCAUCGAGCAGGUCAUCUCUCAGGCGGAGGCCUACGCGCUGGUUCUCUCGAGGCGGGCCUGCGCCUCGGAACUGGCCGGGAAGAGGUGCAUCUUUUACGUGGACAAUGACGCCGCCAGGUACACUUGCAUUAAGGCCAGCAGCCCCUCUCGUUCUCUACUGAACUUGGCAUGCCUCUUCUACGCCAGCGAGUCGGCUGACGGCAUCGUGUCUUGGAUUGAGCGCGUUCCUUCUGCAAGCAACGUGGCCGACCUCCCUAGCAGGGGGGAAGCUGCGUUGGCAGCGCAGAUGAUUGGAGGUCAGGUCGUCGACUUCUCUCAGGCUGCGCAGCUUCUAGCAGAUGAGUGCAUGGACCUGAGCGACCUUCCCUGGGACCUCCUCUCGUCCUCGAGCGGAAACCUUUGGACACUGCCUUUCCUCUGA